CACGAUAUGGAUAUAUCGAGUUGUCUCUCUUCCAUCGGCUCCAUCUCCGCUAUAUAAAGGGCCCGCUCGAUCCAAGCCAUCCGGCCACUCUCAUGGUGUGUAGCUCAGGGUUGCUUCUUCCAGCUAGCUAGCUCCCCGGCCGUGGUUAAGACUUGGGUUUCAAGCUAGCUAGCUGCAGGCCAGUAGUUGUUGGUCAGGUGGGCAGGGUAGACGGACGGGCAGACCGGGAGGGACGAUGGGGCUGAGGGAGAUAGAGUCGACAUUGCCGCCGGGGUUCAGGUUCUACCCCAGCGACCAGGAGCUCGUCUGCCACUACCUCUACAAGAAGGUGACCAACGAGCGCGCCUCGCAGGGCACGCUCGUCGAGGUCGACCUCCACGCGCGCGAGCCAUGGGAGCUUCCUGACGUGGCGAAGCUCACGGCCAGCGAGUGGUACUUCUUCAGCUUCAGGGACCGCAAGUAUGCGACGGCGCGCACCAACCGCGCCACCAAGACCGGCUACUGGAAGGCCACCGGGAAGGACCGCGAGGUGCGCAGCCCGGCCACGCGCGCCGUCGUCGGCAUGAGGAAGACGCUGGUCUUCUACCAGGGCCGCGCCCCCAACGGCAGCAAGACCAGCUGGGUCAUGCACGAGUUCCGCCUCGACUCACCGCACCUGCCACCAAGGGAGGACUGGGUGCUCUGCAGGGUGUUCCAGAAGCAGAAACUGGACGGCGAGCAAGACAACGCCCGCUCCUCCUCGCCGCCCUUCGCCGGCUCGUCGCAGGCGGCGCAGGAGCUGCCCGUCAUGGACGCGAGCAGCGACCAGAUGAUGGGUUCGGGCGCUGCCGGCUUCGCGGCGUCACGGCAGGAGGAGAUGAUCUGUGGCCCCAACCCGUUGAUGAACGCGGCGAUGUGGCAGCAAUACAACUCGCUGCUUCUUGGCCAGUACCCGCAGGAAGAGAUGGCGGGCAGCUCGCCGAUGAUGGCCACAGGAGGAGCGGGAGAUGAGUGCGGAUUCUUCUUCGACUCGGGGUUCGAGGACACGGCUUCCCUUGGGGCCAUGCGGUUCCCCAAGCGUGGAGCUGAUGCCGGCCGUCGUGCGCGCGCGCCCAGUGAUCGUUGUGUAUACGUUGUGAAGGAAAAACUAGCGAUUGAAUUAUUUAAUUCCAUUGGUACUGUAGGUAUAGUGUGUGAGGUCGUUUAUAUAGAUUUGUGAAGGAUCGAGUGUGUACGUGCUUGCAUGAGAUGGUUUCGUUUGACCGUUUCGGCCCUUUGAAUGAUGCCAUGUAUUGCAAUCAUAAAACUCAUAUGUAAAAUUGUAAAUUAGUACAACACAGUUCAGAUUUCAGUA